AUGGCUGUGUUUAUCGGUCAUAUGGAUGCCUUUGAUGAGUCCGCUGAACAGUGGGCUACCUACAUAGAAAGGUUUGAACAAUUUGUUUCUGCAAACGACAUUGCAGAUGAGAAACAAGUCGCGGUGUUGCUGAGUGUAAUGGAUUCAUCUACAUACGGCCUGCUGCGGAGCUUAAUCGCCUCAGAUAAGCCGAGUGCGAAGUCAUAUGAUGACAUUGUGACUGUUUUGAAAUACCAUUUCUCACCGAAACCGAUCGUUAUUGCUGAAAGAUUUAGGUUUCAUAACCGCAGUCAGCACAAAACAGAGACAGUAGCACAGUAUGUCGCAGUUCUGAAAAAGCUGAGUGAACACUGCGAAUUUGGGAAGAUUGCAACGGCACCUGCAAUUUUCCAAAGGGCAAUGGAUCAGAUUUUACAAGGCCUCCCUAUCGUGCACUGCUACCUAGACGAUAUAUUAGUGACUGGGUCAGAUGACGAGCAACAUCUCAAAAAUGUGGAUGCAGUCCUCAGUCGUCUGGAUGAAUUUGGGCUAUGUGUCCAGCGUGAGAAGUGUGAGUUCUUUAAAGACUCGCUGGAGUACUUGGGGCAUAUCAUUGAUGCUCAGGGUCUUCAUAAGUCACCUGAAAAGGUCAGGGCAAUCAUGGAUGCACCUGCACCAAAGAACGUCACACAACUUCGUUAAUUUCUGGGACUUUAAAAUUACUACAGUCGAUUUAUCCCUAAUCUGGCAUCAGUGUUAGCCCCUCUCAAUGCUCUUCUGUGCAAAGGAAAACAGUGGCUGUGGUCUCAGGAGUGUGAAGAUGCAUUCGAUAAGGCGAAAAACCUGUUACUGUCACAGAGUGUGUUGACACACUACAACCCACAGUUACCAAUCAGACUGGCCUGUGAUGCAUCACCAUACGGUGUUGGCGCUGUCAUCUCGCACAUCCUCCCGCACGGACAUGAAAAACCAAUUGCCUUUGCCUCAAGAACAUUAAGUAAAGCAGAGCAAAAUUAUGCUCGAAUUGAAAGAGAGGCACUUGGUAUUAUUUUUGGAGUACGGAAAUUUUACCAAUAUCUGUACGGGCGGAAGUUUACUUUGUUUACAGAUCACCGUCCGUUGACAACCAUCUUCAGUCCAACAAAAGCCAUUCCAUCCAUGGCUGCAGCUCGGUUGCAACACUGGGCUUUGUUGUUGGCAGCCUAUGAUUACGAUAUCCAGUACAGAGAUGGUGCACACCACUGCAAUGCGGAUGGGUUAUCACGAUUACCGCUGCCAACCGCACCUCAAGUUAAGUUGGACACGGUGGAGUUACUUCAAGUAAAACAGCUGGAUGCUCUACCAGUACUGUGUGCAGAUGUCUGUAAAGAGACAAGGGCUGAUCCCAUUCUGUCACAAGUAAUGGAGAUGGUGGCAACUGGACGUUUUCCAAAUGUCACGGAUGCAAAUAAUGUGCUUGCCCCAUAUGUGUACAGGAAGGAUGAACCGACUACGCAGCAAGGUUGCCUCAUGUGGGGCUGGAGGGUGGUCAUUCCUUCUAAGCUGAGAUCCAGGGUCUUUUCACCCAGCUACGAAUGGCUUGGCGGAACGCAUGGGUCAACUUCCAUUCAACAAAGGUUGGACACCUUUCUACUGGCAUACCGAAACACCACGCACAACCUGUGGAAAUGGCCAGAGUCAACGUGGCAACGCAUACAUGUGGACUUCGCAGGUCCAUUUGAAGGACACAUGUAUCUGGUGGUAGUAGAUGCUCACUCCAAGUGGCCCGAGGUGUGUGUGAUGGAUUCAACUACAUCUACUAAGACCAUUCAAGUGCUGAGGACACUGUUCAGUCGUUAUGGACUCCCAGAAGUGCUGGUUAGUGAUAACGGUCCUCAGUUCACCUCCAAGGAGUUCCAGACAUUUCUCAAGACCAAUGGAGUGACACACACACGUACUGCACCUUUUCACCCAGCUACUAAUGGCUUGGCGGAAUGCAUGGUUCAGACAGUAAAGCGGGCUUUACGUUGUUCCAAAGGAUCAACUUCCAUUCAACAAAGGUUGGACACCUUUCUACUGGCAUACCGUAACAUCCCGCACGCCACCACAAAGGAGUCACCUGCUAUGUUGUUUCUACAUCGUAGACUGCGAUCUCGCUUUGAUCUGCUGAAGCCAAAUGUUGCCUCUGUGGUCGAAAAAGCUCAAGGCAAACUGUGUGAGCGACGUCAAGUUCAUGCGAAAGAAAGAACAUUUGCAGUGGGUGACAAGGUAUUAGUUCAUGAUUAUCGGCGAGGAAAGAAGUGGAUGCCUGGUGUGGUGUCAGCAAAGACAGGCCCAGUAUCAUACACUGUCGAUGUAGGACUUUCAGUUCAUUGGAGGCGUCAUGUUGAUCAAAUUUUGGCACAUCAGGAUGAUUGCGACAAUGGAGAUGAGAUUGGUCCAGAGACCAUUGAAGUUCCUGAGGGGAAUCUGACAGAUUUGUGUGAACAUCCGAUCUCAGGAGAGACAUCACGUCCUAGUCUUGAUCAAAUUCCAACAGGAUUAGCACAAUCAGAAGAUUCAGCCACUAGGGACAAUGAGGUGGUGUUACACACUCCACACAAAGAGGCUAAGCGCUAUCCUGAACGCACCAUCAAGCCUCCAGUACGGUUUAGCCCAUAAGGCUUACCUUGAUGGUAUAAA